AUGAGUAAGAUGUCUACGGAUAUACCUGAUCAAAAGGAUAUGAUGAGACGGGUUCCCAAACCUCUCAUGGAGAAACGGAGGCGAGACCGUAUCAACCAAAGUUUGGAAACUUUGAGGCUUCUGUUACUGGAGCACACAUGCAAUGAGAAACUAAAAAAUCCCAAAGUGGAAAAAGCUGAAAUCUUGGAAAGUGUUGUUAAUUUCCUCAAGGCUGAGCAACACUCAGGACAUCACCCAUAUUCAAUGAGAAGAGGGAAAAAACCACACACAGAGUAUGAGGAUGAUACGGUGUCUCCUUGCAAGCGUCAGAAAAACUACCAUGAUGGUAUGAGAGCCUGUCUACUCAGGGUCAGCCAUUUCAUUUCAAGCAAAAACCAAGAGUUAGAUGAAGGGUUGGAGACCAUGUGUGGCACCUUGAAACAGAACAUACAGGAUAAUUCCAUUCAGAGUCAUGUAGUGCCUACAACCCAGCUUCAAAGUGGAAACCAACUGCACCUCAAGCAUGACUGCAUGUCCAUUUCAGGGCAGCCAUCAUUCAGUCAUGGGGGGCCAGCCAGUCCCUGCACAACCCUGGGUCAGCUUGAGCUUUCUCCAAGCAUUGCCAUGUAUGAGCCUGCAAAGAAGAUAGGUUCCAAUUCUAAAGAUCCUUUGAUGUGCAGUGAUUGUGUAUGGAGGCCUUGGCCACAGUAG